AUGGCUGAUUCUGCUGUUAGUGUACAGGUGGCUUUAAGGAUAAGGCCUUUAGUCAAAUCCGAAAUUUCUAAAGGAUAUGUUAAAUGCCUCGAAACAGUGCCAAAUAAACCUCAAGUUUUAAUAAAAAAUCUUUCUUUUACUUACAACCAUGUAUUUCCACCAGAAGUUUCGCAAGCUGAAUUUUAUGACACUGCUGUUAAGGGUUUAGUUGAUGGAUUGUUUAAGGGCUACAAUGUGACAAUAUUAGCUUAUGGUCAGACUGGCUCCGGAAAAACUCAUUCAAUGGGCAUGGCUUAUUCAGUUGGACCAGUCGAGGAGAUUGGUGUUAUACCAAGAGCAGUAAAAGACAUUGUAUCAUUUAUGGAAUUAUAUCAAGAACAAUUAUUUGAUCUUUUAUCAAAAUCAAAUAGAGAUCAAAGUAUAGUUGAUAUCAGAGAAGAUCAACAAAAAAGAAUUGUAAUUCCUGGAUUAACCGAAAUUGAAGUACGUAAUGCAAAUGAUACAUUAGAUUGUUUAGAAGUUUAG